AUGCAGAAUGCUCCUUUCUGCGACCGGCAGGUCGAUAUGGACUUCCUGCGCCGUUCGCCGGCAGAGCAUCUCCGCCGGCGACUCGGUCCUCUGCGCUCCGAACCGAAUUUUUACAAAUUGGGCCUAGCCGAUCAACCUGAUUUCCUGAGGGAGAAAAGCGAAAAUAUCUUGGAAUGCUCGGAUCGUAAAGCCUCGGCGGACUGGCAGCGUCUCAAAGACUUGUUGGUCGCUCAUCGCAAAGGGGUGCCUGAAUCGACGAUAUUGGACUUGAUUCGGACCUUCCAAACACUGUGUCAAGAAGCCCUGGGAGACGUCCAAGAGGGCCUCUGUCAUGCAGCAGCUCUCAAGUUGCUUUCCAUAUUCGUUGAUCACGCGGGUGGCUAUCUUCGGGAUCAAGAUGUCGUGAAAGUGAGAUGUUGUGUGGCCCCGAUUCCGAAGGAUGUACUCACCAAAAUCAUGGAGCACGUAUCGAUCCUUGAAGAUUUCUGCGGGGAGUAUUUGAGCACCGCCGUGAACGAAAUCGCAGAAAACUCGAACGAUAGCAAUGCUUUCUUGAAGGAAACAGCUGAGGUCAAACUACCGAUUGUCAGAGACCCGGAAUGGCUGGAACGAGAGUUCCUCCUCAUAGCCAAGACGCCGAUGGAGAGUUCGAAGAGUCGGCUGGGUUUCGAUGAGAUCGUCAAGCAAACCAACAUUCAAUCGGGGAAGGACGAAACUCCGACAGAGACCUACAACGAAGCGUGGCUGCAACGGAAAGUCAGAGACAUCACUCGGGACCUCACACCUUCUGUGCCUCCGGAGGAAAUCGUCAAAAUAAUCGUGAAUCGCCUCGAAUCCGCAAGCAGUGACGACGUGGUUUCUUCGGAGCUCUUCGAGGCUCUCGGAAUGGAUUUCCUCGAGCUGAUCAGUGAAGUCAUGAAACGGCGCAAGGACAUAAUGAAAGCUGUUGCUCGACAAGCUCAUAUAGACUCGAUCGGGGCUUCAGGCGCCCGUCAGAAACAGAUGCCGUCGUCGCAGUCAAGUAAUCCGCUCGGACAAACUGUCAGCGUUAAUUUGGAGAGCGAGAUUCUCCUGCAGAAGAAAUUAUCCAAAGAGGAGAAAAAACUACACAAACUCAAAUCGAACGCAAUCGAUGAUUUGACGAUCGACGAGCUCCGACAGAUUCGCCAACAAGAACUCACCGAGCGCUACCGGAGCCCGACAGGAGUUUAUGUUUCGUCGUCGAGCAAGGUUGACAACUCGUCAAUGCCGCACGUAUAUGACAGUCUCUCGCAGCUCCGGACCUCGAAAACGUUCGUGGGCGGCUUGAACCUCAUGCUACCUGAGUCCGCGAAACAAAUCACCACGGGCACCUACGAUGAAAUUCGAAUUCCAGUUUCGGACUCCACGAUUCCCAGAGUCUGUACCCUGAUCAGUAUUAUGGAUCUCGAAGAGCCACUCCAAGCGGCCUUCCCAAAAACGGAACGUUUGAAUCUUAUUCAGAGCGCCGUCUACCCUGUUGCCUAUCAAUCAAAUGAGAACAUGCUCAUUUGCGCUCCGACAGGAGCCGGAAAGACGAACGUCGCGAUGCUGACCAUCAUGAGAGAAGUCAUGAAACGGCUCGAUCCGGUUACGGGUCGCGCGAGCAACGAUUUUAAAAUCGUCUACGUCGCUCCGAUGAAGGCACUCGCGUCAGAAAUGGUGUCGAACUUCGGGAGUCGGCUCUCGGUAUUCGGAAUGUCGGUCAGAGAGCUCACCGGAGACAUGCAGCUGACGAAAACGGAGAUGAUGAAAACUCAUAUGCUCGUCACAACCCCCGAGAAAUGGGACGUUGUCACUCGCAAAGGUAGCGGCGACGUCCAGAUGGUGAAAAUGGUGACUCUACUCAUUCUCGACGAAGUCCAUUUGUUGCACGGGGAUCGUGGCCCGGUGCUCGAGGCCCUCGUGGCCCGGACAAUCCGUCAGGUAGAGAGCACCCAAUCCAUGAUCCGGAUCAUAGGGCUGUCGGCCACCCUUCCGAACUACACAGACGUGGCGAAUUUUCUCGGAGUGAACCUAGCCAGCGGACUGUUUUACUUCGAUCAUCGUUUCCGUCCGGUCCCUCUGGCGCAGACAUUCGUCGGCUACAAAGGGAGGUCUCGUCUCGAACAGAAUCAACAGAUGAACGACAUAACCUAUGAGAAAGCGCUGGAAAUCGUUAAAGCCGGGAACCAGGUGAUGGUAUUCGUUCAUUCCCGGAACAAUACCAUACGGUCGGCGGGGGCGAUGCGCGACAUCGCCAGCGAGCAUGGGAAACUCGAAUUCUUCCUCCAAAACAACCAUCCCCAGUACUCGUUGCUCGAGAAGAAUCUGGCCAGUUCUCGAAACAAGAAACUGCAGGAGCUAUUCCGUGUCGGUUUCGGAUUCCAUCACGCGGGUAUGCUGCGUCAGGACAGGAAUUUCGUCGAGAAAGCGUUUUCGAAAGGCGCGAUCAGCGUCCUGUUCUGCACGUCGACUCUUGCUUGGGGUGUGAAUCUCCCCGCUAACUGCGUCAUCAUCAAGGGGACCGAUGUCUACGACUCGACUCACGGUGCCUUCGUCGAUCUGGGCAUACUCGACGUGCUCCAGAUUUUCGGUAGAGCGGGUCGACCGCAAUUUCAGCAGACGGGAGAGGCGAUGAUAAUCACGCACCAUUCGAAGAUGAGUAAUUACGUGUCUCUGAUGACGAACCAAUGGCCGAUCGAGAGCAAGUUCCACCAGAACCUUGCGGACAACCUCAUCGCAGAAAUCGUUCUCGGCACCGUCACCAACAUCGACGAGGCCGUCGAAUGGUUGAGCUACACGUAUCUUUUUGUUCGUAUGAAGAAAAAUCCGCUCGUCUACGGACUGACUCCGAAAUCGUUGAGAGAAGAUCCCGAACUAUUCAACCAUCGGCGCGGGCUGAUCGAGGAGGCGGCCCGAAAACUCGACUCCGCCAAGAUGAUCCGCUAUCAUGAAGCGACGGGUUCGCUAGACGCAACCGACUUGGGUCGAACCGCCUCACAUUUCUACAUAAAAUACGAGACUGUCGAACGCAUAAACGAGUGGUUCUUGAGGAAAGUGUCCACUUUGCAGGACGCUGACGUCAUCGCCAUGAUAAGUCAGGCGCAGGAGUUCGAUCAGCUGCAAAUGCGUGAAGACGAGUCCGAGGAACUCAUUAAGAUGGAGCGGAGAUGCGAGUUGGUGGUGAAGCAGGGCGUUCAAGGAGGGAAAAUCAAUACGCUCAUACAGAACUACAUCUCACGCGGAGACGUCGAAACGUUUUCCCUCGUUUCCGAUUCGAACUACAUUGUACAGAACGCUACUAGGAUCGGCAGAGCCCUUUUCGAGAUGGCUCUGCGCAAAGGGAACGCUUUGGCGGCCGGUCGGCUGCUCCUGAAUUCGAAAAUGUUGGAAAGGCAGUCGUGGUACUUCAACAGCCCCUUGAGACAAUUCCCUGGAGUUUCGUACAAGACGAUUGAAUUCCUUGAAAGAAAGGACUGCACACUCGACGCCCUCCGGGGCAUGGACCCCAAAGAAGUCGGACAACUCGUUCAGAACCAGGGCCAGGGCGCCCUCGUUCAUCAAUAUGCUCAUAAUGUGCCUUAUAUUGAGAUUGAUUGCACGGUCCAUCCCAUUACGAGAACCGUUUUCAAGGUCACUCUCGACAUCGAACCCGCGUUUACGUGGGACGACAACUUCCAUCAUAAUUCAGAGGCGUUCUGGAUUUGGAUCGAAGAUCCGGAAUCCGAUCACAUCACUCAUUCAGAAUACUUCAUUCUCACGAAGAAACAAGUCAUGCUGAAAGAGAGGCAAAACCUCGUGUUCACCAUACCGGUCACCGAUCCUCCGCCUGGACAGUAUUUGAUACACGUGGACUCAGACCGCUGGAUCGGUUCUGAGGAUGAGAUCCCCAUGAGCUUCAAGCAUCUCAUUCUCCCGACGAGGCAUCUGCCCCACACCGAACUGUUGGAUUUGCAACCACUGCCGAAAACGGCACUGAAAAACGAACUCUUCGAGUCGCUCUACCCCUUCACGCAUUUCAAUCCGAUCCAAACCCAGCUGUUCCAUACCCUGUACCAUACGGAUCACAACGUGUUACUCGGCGCACCCACCGGCUCCGGAAAAACCAUUGUCGCGGAGAUCGCGAUGUUCCGAGUAUUCCAAAUGCAACAAAAGCGACGGAAAGUCGUUUAUAUCGCACCUCUGAAGAGUUUGGUGAAGGAACGAGUGAAAGACUGGAACGACCGACUCGUCCAGAGACUCGGUUUCAAAAUGGCCGAAUUGACCGGUGAUGUCACCCCCGAUUUCCGGACGAUAGCCGAAGCCGACAUCAUCGUCACAACUCCGGAAAAAUGGGACGGCGUUUCCCGAUCCUGGCAGACGCGAUGCUACGUUCAGGAUGUGGCUCUGAUCGUUAUCGACGAAAUUCACCUGUUGGGAGAAGACCGAGGCCCUGUCCUCGAGGUCAUUGUGUCGCGAGCUAAUUUCAUAGGGAAUUUCAACGAGACCAAGAUUCGGAUCAUCGGUCUCUCCACCGCUCUUGCGAACGCUCGCGAUCUCGCGGAUUGGCUCCAGAUUGGAGAAGUGGGCCUAUUCAAUUUCAAACCCUCCGUGCGACCGGUCCAGCUGGAAGUUCACGUUUCGGGCCACCCGGGGAAACAUUACUGCCCCAGGAUGGCCCUGAUGAACAAGCCCACGUUCAGAGCGAUCCAACAGCACUCCCCAUCGAAGCCGGUUCUCAUUUUCGUAUCGUCGAGACGUCAAACUCGACUGACCGCCAAUGACCUGAUAGCCUUCUUGGGUGGUACGCCCGACUCGAAAGUGUGGCUGAACAUGGACGAAGCCUCCAUGGAGCAGGUCUUGCAGCAGGUCAACGACCAGUAUCUGAGGCAUUCCCUCAACUUUGGCGUCGGAAUGCACCACGCGGGAUUGCAGGAGAAAGAUCGACAGAUCGUCGAAGAACUCUUCCUGAACUGUAAAAUCCAGGUUCUCAUUGCGACUUCCACGCUGGCUUGGGGUGUGAAUCUCCCCGCACAUCUGGUCGUCGUCAAAGGAACCGAAUACUUCGACGCCAAAGUCAAUCGCUACUCCGAUUAUCCGAUCACCGACGUCCUCCAAAUGAUCGGGAGAGCCGGUCGACCUCAGUUCGACACCCACGGUGUCGCCGUGGUCAUGGUUCACGAUCAGAAGAAAAAGUUCUACCAAAAGUUCUUGUACGAGCCGUUCCCCGUCGAGAGCUCUCUGCUGAAAGUGCUGCCCGAUCACAUCAAUGCGGAAAUUGUGGCGGGAACGCUGACGACCACCCAGGACUGCAUGGAGUACAUGACGUGGACCUAUUUCUUCAGACGUCUGCUGCAGAACCCCAGCUACUACGAUCUCGAAGACGUCGCGUCUGCUGAGGUCAAUAAGUACUUAUCGGAUCUGAUUGCUCGGACAAUCGACACUCUCAUACGCUCGUACUGUGUCGAGCUCGACGAAGACGAUCGAACAUUGAUUCCUACCCCUCUUGCGAAGAUCAUUUCGUUUUAUUACUUGUAUCACGAAACAGCGAAAUUCUUCCACGAGUCCCUCAAUAAGGACUGCAAUUACCUCAGACUUAUGGAACUCACUUGCGAAUGCAAAGAAUUCGCUGAAUUGCCCGUCCGUCACAACGAAGAUCUCGAGAACGCCGAAUUGGCCGAGAACCUCAGAUGGGGAAGACAUCGGAGAAACUACGAUAGUCCACACACGAAAGCUUUCCUCUUACUGCAAGCCCAUAUGGAGCGCUGCCCCAUGCCGAGCUCCGAUUAUCUGCUGGACCUGAAGUCAAUGCUCGAUCAAGUGCCCAGAGUCAUUCAAGCUGAGAUCGAUAUUCUGAGCGCCAAGGGCCUGCUUUCGCCGGUGCUCUCCUGCAUUUUACUUCUACAAACUCUGAACCAAGCCCGGUACCAUGACAUCGACGACCCGCUGACCUGUCUCCCCGAGGUCGAGGACAGCCACCUCUACAUGUUCCGCAAAGCUGGAUUCGACUCUCUGGCAGAAGCUGUGACGAAAAUAAGAGAUAGGGAAAUGUUCAGCAAGUUACAGCAAUCGCUGCGACUGGAGUUUUCCGCUGAGAUAACGAAGAAGAUUCUUUUUGCCAUCAAAGAUCUCCCUCUGAUCAAGACCCGCCUCUUCAUUGAUGGGCCUGAUUGUCAGGGAGUUCAAAUCCCGGUUGAGCGUUUCCAGGGUGCCGUGCCGGACCGAGCAUGGAUUCGAGUCAAAAGCCAGACGGAGUAUACGAUCAGUUUUGAGACUACUCGGCAGAACUCGAUGCCUAGCCAGAGAGGCGUUCCGAAAGCCGCUAUACAAUCGAGGAAAGUGAAAGCGAAGGAUGAAGGAUGGUUUUUCGUGAUCGGCAGCAAGGAAUCGGGGACUCUGACAAUGCUCAAACGCUGCUCAGGAUUCUACCAGACAAUGACUUAUCAAUCGACUUUCAUGACACCCGAAACUCCAACACGAAUGAUCCUCACAGUGUUUCUGUUAUCCGACGUGUAUUUAGGUCUGGAUCAAGAGUAUAACGUUUACUUGGAUGUGAGCAAUUGA